GCACAGCCUCAAAACCUCCCAACGUCGACGUCCAGAAUCCUUCCGGAGCAUCAACUUACAACAGGGAGAUCAUCAGCCGGGCUUCAUCUCACUCCUUUCAUUACACUCAUUUACCUUUCCCACCAUUGCAGAGCUCGAUAGCUUCAGCCUGGGACACCCAAGACGACAUCACCAUUCUCAGCCUCAUCUCCAGCUCAGAUUCAGGGGUCAGCCUCACAUGACAUGGCCCAACCUCUCCCCCUGACUCUCCACACUUCACCUCCACCACCAUGCUCAGACGGAUAUUCCCCCGCUCCUUCAGGCGGACCUUCCUCCGGCCCAAACCCCUCCUCAUAACACUGUUCCUCAUCUUCGUGAUCGACACGCUCCUUAUCACGCGGCCCUCCCCCCUUCCCCAGCGCACCAAAAUACUCUCCCCCUCCCUCCGCAAUGAAAGGAUCUUCAUCGCUUCUAUGGCCCGAAACUCCGAAUACAUGCUGCGUCUCUACUGGAACAGUGCCCUCCUGCGCCUGAUAGACACCCUCGGUCCCGAAAACGUCUACGUCUCCAUCUUGGAAUCCGGAUCGCAGGAAGACACGAAAGGCGCCUUGCGAGAACUGGAACUGAAGUUGAAUACGCUUGGGGUGGAGAAUAGGAUUGUGUUGGGCAUUGAUGCGGAAGAGCAUGCGGAGAGGUUGAAGAAUGUCCCGGAGGAGAAGCGGGAGGGCUGGAUUUUCACGGCGAGGGGCGAGAAGGGGUGGGAGUUGAGGCGGAUUCCGUAUUUGGCGGAUCUGAGGAAUAAGGUUAUGGCGCCGUUGUUGGAAAUUGACGAGACGAGUUAUGAGCGGUUUGAUCGCGUGCUUUGGAUUAAUGAUGUUGUGUUUACGACAGAAGAUGUCUUAACUCUCCUCUCAACCCGUGACGGCGACUACGCAGCAGCCUGCGCCCUGGACUUCUCCUCCAACCCCGAAAAAUACUACGACACCUUCGCCCUCCGUGACAUAACCGGCCAGAAAACCGCCACGCUAACCUACCCCUACUUCUCGCACUCGCCCUCCAUCACCCUAUUAAACCACCUAUCCCCCAUCCCGGUGAAAUCCUGCUGGAACGGCAUGAUCGCCUUCUCCGCCUACCCCUUCUACCCACCACCACCCUCCUCCUUCCGAAAAGUAGAGCAAGCACACAAGAACCCCAAGCAAGACAACCAACCCCUGAAAUUCCGCGGGAUCCCGGAUUCGCUGGCAAAGGCACAUUUGGAGGGGAGCGAGUGCUGUUUGAUCCAUGCUGAUAACCCGUUGAGCGCGGAGAAGGGCGUGUGGGUGAAUCCGAGUGUGAGGGUUGCGUAUAACAGUACCACGUACGCAGCUGUUAAUUAUGGGGCGGAGGUUAAAGCGGAUGUCGGGGAUCAGGUGGAUGGGGUGCCGGGUGGAGAUGGGAGGCCGUGGCCGGCAAAGGGGGAGAGGUGGAGAGGUGUGUGGGGAAAUAGGGUUGUGAGGUGGACGGGCUGGUUGAAGGCGUAUAGUGAGGGGAGGGUGGUGAAGGGGCGGGUAGAUAGGUGGAAAUUGGAGGGGAAGAGGAGGGCAGGGAGGGGCAAGAUUGGGGUGGGGAGUUUGAAGGGGUUACAGUCUGAGGAGAGAAAUGAGGAUGGGAUCGAGUGUUUGGUUAAUGAGAUGCAGGUUAUGUUUGAUAAUGGGUGGCAGCAUGUGUAAAGUUGGAAGAUGUGGGGUGGAAGAAGUUUACAAAGAGCUGGAAUCAGGGGCUGGGCUUUGUCUAGAAAGGCGGACUCGAGAGCUUGCAGAUAUUGAACAGAAAUCAUACAGUACAUAAACGGGAAGGUAGAUGCAAAGCUGCCCGAAGGGAUUCUCAUCUGAG